GUUGUGAAAUGUGAAUUGUUAUCUCUCAAGACAAUAUCAACGACUGUCGAGUACCAAGCCCUUGGAAUAGAAUAUUUAUGAUAAUGUCUUUUGUUUUAACAGAAGUAUUUUAUUUAUUGAUUGUUUUGACAAAAUAUAGAGAUAAUUGAAAAAAAAUUGAAAAAAUGCACUGACGGCAAUGAUUUCUGGCCGAGAAACUGUGAAAAACAAUGGAGAAAAACGCUCAAAAUGGGAACGAUCAAGAAAAUGAAAAAGAAAAGGAAAAAAAAUUGGUCAACUUGAGCCUGAUUCCUUACUGGUUCCUAGCGGUUUUGAGAUUCGGGCUAUGCUUGACUCCGCAGACCGGUUACAUCCACCCAGAUGAAUACUUCCAAUCACUCGAAGUCCUCAACGGAGAUAUUUUCAGCGUGACGUCCAACAGACCUUGGGAAUUCAACUCGACAUUUCCAAUCAGAAGUAUAACGCUGCAUUACGUCCUUGCAGGAAUUCCGCUUAUAUUCUUCAAAAACAUUUCACCUUUCAUAUCGCUCUGGUUCGAUGUGAAUCCAAUCAACCCUUAUAGCCUUAUCGCCAUUCCUAGAUUCACUUAUUGUUUGUUCUCAUUCACAACUGAUAUCUGCAUGUAUAAGAUUUGCUAUUUAUACGGUCAGAAUUAUAGAACGAGGCUGCUAACAUUGGCCAGUUCUUAUGUCAUGCUUGUCUACGCCACUAGGAGCUUUUCAAACACUAUCGAAAUGGCGCUCAUGUCUUUGCUGGUGUACCUCGUUGCUGACAGUAUGGCAAACAGUGAUCAGAUUAUAUAUCAAGAUGAAUACCUGAGAGAGUGCUACAAUCAUUCAAAUAAUAUUAAAGACAGAGUGAGAUUUCACAGGAUGAGGUUGGCGCUUCCAUGGCACACUCUUUCAAACGUAUUCUUCAUCGCUACAUUGACGACUGUUGGCGUGUUCAACAGGCCGACUUUUGUCGUAUUUGCAUUUCCGCCCGUUUUCUUUUGGCUCCUUCGUGGGAUGGGGUCCAAGUUUAUAGGAAUGACUGAUUUUAACAUGAGAGUCUUAGCACUAAUGAUAUGUGCCUUGCCAUCGUUUUUUGUCAUGGUUAUUCUUGAUUCUAUGUAUUUUGGCUAUUUAACGCUUGAUGAGAUUGUUCAUUGGAAAGUCAACAUUUGGAGGGACUUUGUCUUGACCCCCUACAACUUUAUAAAGUACAACAUGAACAGUGACAAUCUCGCACAACAUGGAAUCCAUCCAAGGAUUACGCACAUUCUAGUCAAUAUUCCACUCCUUUACAAUAUUCUAGGAUUAGCAGGAAUUUAUAGCUUUCUUCAUUUAAUCUAUAGAGGAGCCAUGAAGAGAUGGAGCUCUCUUCCAAGAGUUCAAAGCAUAAUAGGAUUAAUGACGACUUCAUUUGUUGUACCAGUAGUAAUUCUUUCAAUAUUUCCGCAUCAAGAGCCUAGGUUCUUAAUUGGCUGCACGUUGCCAAUCGUUUUUCUUUAUUCACAGAAGAUACGGAAUGUUACGGAGCAUCAAGUAAUAACAAAACAAGAAAACGGUUAUACAGCAUUUAUGAAGAAGGACAUCAAACUUGACAUCAAGGAUUAUAUACUUGCACUUUGGUACAUAAUAAAUAUUGUCUUGACAUUGUUUUUCGGUUAUAUUCAUCAAGCAGGUAUUAGCCCGUUGAUAAACCAUCUAUACAAGGAAUUAGAAGCGAAGCCGAGACUGACACACAUGCACGUAAUUACAUCCCACAUUUACCCCCUUCCGGUUUCAUUCCUACAAAUGAGGUUUGGAAAAUCUGCUCAAUACUACACGAAAACCGGAUCCAGGUAUCAGAGGUCGAAAGACUUUUUCACAUAUGAACUCGGCUCAAGUAUAUCCAUGGACGUAGUCGUGGAAAAUAUUAAGGCGAUCCUGAAUAGAUCGGAAAACCUCUGGAACGAGAAGCGCCUCAAGUAUCGGAUUUAUUAUGUAGCACCUUCGAGCUUGAUGAAUGACUUCCAAGCAGCCGCUUUCAACCAAAAUUUGACACAAUUGGUCGACACCAUGUUUUACCCUCACCUGUCGGUGGAGGCGUUGCCAAAAUUCGAAGUCUAUUCGGUCCAGAAGUGUAACGAUCAUGGAAACGAGCAAACAUGCCAUCUUGAGGAUAAUCUAAAAUUUUCACUGGAAUUGCCUCUAAAAUAUCUUUCUAGUCUUGCACAUCAGUUUAGUCUCACUGUUUACAAAAUUAAGAAUGUGUGAAAACUAUCCUACACUGCUGUGCUUUAACCAUUCCUUUUUGUAUAAAAAAACAUUUUGUACACAAGUUUAUCACGGCUUUAUAUAAAUAAAUUUAUUUAUA